AACGCCAAAAUCAGUUCAAAGAGUUAAGGGUAGGACAUCGAAAAAGGUUCCAGAAAGACAGUGGUCAGAGAGGAAAGUGAAGACUCCAGGAUAGAAGGCUGAAGGUUACAUAGUCAACUACAUCCUUUGUGUUUCUUUUUGUCUGAACAGAGGCAAGGCUCACUUAGACACAGAGCAUCUGUGUGUGUCUUCUGCAAGCCAUGUGGCUCUACCUGCUGUCCCUGGUGGGCCUGUGGUACCUCCUGCGCUUGUACAGAGAGAGGCAGGUGGUGAGCCACCUCCAUGACAAGUAUGUCUUCAUCACGGGCUGCGACUCAGGCUUUGGGAACCUGCUGGCCAGGCAGCUGGACAUGAGGGGCAUGAGGGUGCUGGCUGCAUGUCUGACUGAGGAGGGGGCUGAGCAGCUGAGGAAGAAGACGUCAGACAGGCUGGAGACUGUGAUCCUUGAUGUCACCAAGACAGAGAGCAUUGCUGCAGCCACCCAGUGGGUGAAGGAAUGUGUUGGGAACGAAGGACUCUGGGGCCUGGUGAAUAAUGCUGGCAUCUUCAUCCCCAUCGCCCCCAAUGAGUGGCUGGACAAAAAGGAUUUCACAAAAGUACUCAAUGUGAACCUGACGGGGAUGAUCGAGGUGACGCUGGGCAUGCUGCCCUUAGUGAGGAAGGCAAAGGGCCGUGUGAUCAAUGUCUCUAGUGUGAUGGGCCGGGUGUGCCUCCUUAGUGGCGGUUACUGCAUCUCCAAGUAUGCUGUAGAGGCCUUCUCAGACUCCCUCAGGAGGGAGCUCUCCUAUUUUGGAGUGAAAGUGGCUAUAAUAGAACCUGGAGGCUUCAAGACCAGUUUAGCCAAUAUUGAGACAAUAUCAAUGAACGUAAAGAAGGUGUGGGACAAGACCAGGUUGGAGGUCAAGGAGAUAUAUGGCAAGAAGUUUCUGGAAUCCUACCUAAAAACUUUAGAAUCAUUAAUGAAAACGUGCUCAGAAGACCUUUCUUUGGUGACGGACUGCAUGGAGCAUGCUUUGACUUCCUGUCAUCCCCGUACCCAGUACUCACCUGGCUGGGAUGCCAAGUUUUUCUACCUCCCCAUGAGCUACAUGCCCACCUUUCUGGCAGAUGCCAUAGUCUCUUGGGGCUCAGUAAAUCCCACAAAAGUCCUGUGAUGUCAACACUUGUGUGUAUCUCUGAGUGGGGGGCCACUGCCAGCAAGUUUUGCCCUAGUGUUUGAAUGCUACAUCAACAGGACUUGGUCGGGAAAUGACAUCCUUGGUAUGGAAUCUGGAAGAGAACAAAGAAACUAAUCUUUCACUUGUCUUGAAACCAUGACUUCCCUUGGAUUCCUUUCAUUUUAAAAUAAAAGUUGCAAUGAUUA